GGUUGAGAAUGUAAACUUCCGCUGAACGACGGCGAAGACUAUUCCAUACAAAAUGUCAAUUUCUACCCGCAGAACAUGAGAUGAAUAAAUAAUUAUGUAUUAUUUUAAAGAUUACAACGGUGGAAAUCCAACAGAUGACCUCCAACGUUCAGUCCGAGAUCGAGCCAAUGAGAGUCUGAAUGAAUUGAGAGGUGCUUUCGACACGCCAUCAGGCUUGCCAACUCCUUCAAGGGCUAAAGAUGAUCUGAGUCGAGCUGUUCACCCACGCAUUUUGACAUACGAAGAUGGAGGCCAGAGGCCACAGAAGUACCGAGAUGCUGCGCUGCAUCUCCAGCAGAUGCUGUCUCCACAGCCUGAAAGGGUUUCUGAUGGCCCUGACCCCUCACCUGUCCCCGCUCGGGGACCCCUUCCCACCCCGGAUGAGGCGGCCAUAAUGCUCCAGCACCAGGCUUCCCUCACCCACCACCUGGAGUCAGAGAACCGCUACAUCCGGGAGGAAAUGACCAUCUUGCGCCUGAAGCUUGGCGAGGUGCUGGAUGAGAACAAGCGCCUGCACGAUGAGCUGAAAACAACGGUGGUGCAUGAGAUACUCCGAGAAGGAGGUGCAGAUCUUGCCCAGUACAUGGGCAGUCUGGACUCUGCUCUGAAGGACACAGUGAGUCCCGGGAUGGCGAGACACGACUACCGGCGCUGGCAGGUUGAGCUGGAGAGGCUGAGCUCUCUGCAUGCCAACAAAUCAGAGCGCCUGGAAUCCCAGUUGGCUCAUGCAAGGUCCGAGCUGGAGAAGUAUGAGCAGAUGGUGGAGGAUCUGAGGUCUCAGCUGCGGAUGCAUGACACCAUCCCGACACACGAGAAUGGGCUGUCCACCAACAUCUUCCUGUCUGACACACACCGGGCCUUCCACCAGCAGACCAUCGACAGACUCACCAAGGAGCGUGAUGAGCUAAUGGACCACGUGGCUAGCCUGAAGGGCCGACUGGUGGACAUGACUCGGAGAGAGGAGGACUCCUAUGUCCAGAUGAAGAAGGGCAUCGAACUGGUGGAGCAGGCUCAGUUAGAGCAGACUCAGGCGAUGGUGGAGCGGGAACAGCUGGCGGAGGAGCUGGCCAACAUGAGGCAUAGGUUCGAGGAGCACGUCAUGGACUCGCAGCGCAAGAUGGAGAUGGAGAGGGACUCGGUCCGGAAGGAAUCUCGCUUCCUGGUGGAUGAUCUCAACAAUAAGCUGAAGGAGGCGACAGAGAAGCUGACUGUCAUCGAGACGCGGCUGGAGAAGGUGACCCGGGACAAGAUGUCCGUUAUGAACGAACUGGACGAGACGAAGGCAGAGCUGAGGGUGUACAACAAGGAGGUCACUGUGGCGACAGAGAACUAUCGCAGUGAGACGACGAAUGCCUCGCUCCAGAGAAGCAGCGCGGUACAGGAGUCGCACAAGAUGAGGAUGGAGCUGGACAGCUUCCGCCGGGACCGGGACCAGGAGCGGAGUCGGAGCCAGACGGAGGUGGAUGACUUGCGACGGAGGCUGAACACUGCGGAGCGGGAACUGGUCAACAGCAAGGAGGAAUGUAUCCAUCUCACAACAAAUGCUCAGGCCUUGGAAAGGGAGCUUCAUCUUGCCAAACUUGCCCGGGAGAGCAUCGAGAGGACUCGCAAUGAGGACCUCAAGUCUAUCACCAAACAGGCUCAGCAGAGAGAGAUUGACCUCAAUAAUUUCAUUUCCAACCUGGAAGAUAAGCAUUCCAUGACAACGCACGAAAUGGACACUAUGCUGCAUAAACAGAACCGUCUCAUCAUGAAGCUACGAGACGAGUGUAAGAGGCAGGCUGGACAGAUGGAGAAACUCACCAAGAAAUACAGAUCGGAGUUCAGCCACCUAAAGAUUGAGAACGAAGAGUUGAAACAGAGGCUGGAGAGAUCCUUGUCAAGACUGGAGGUGCUGGAGGACCAAUCAGAUCAACACGUACGCGUACACGACAAGAUGAAAGAGAGGCUGAAGAUGAUGGACGACCAUGCUCAACACCAGUCUUCCCAGAUGCUGGAAAUCCUCACAAAACUCAGCAGUGUUGUUCGAGAUCGACAGCUGCUAGCUCGUGAAGUUGACUUCCUGCGUACACAAUUGAGUAGAAUUGACCAAUCAACCGUCCACAAACUGAGCUCGUCCAGCAAGGCGUUGGUCGAUGAGAUCCUCAAUGCGGUCACCAAGGAAGAAAAGACAGGAAAAGGACAUCUGAAUCUGGAUCCAGAAAUAUAUAAAGUAGAACUUACCAACAAUAUUAACAUUGAUGAUCUAGUGUAACUGAAAGUAUUAGAUAUAGACACUUGAUGGAAACGUAAGAUUAGCAUCGGACCAGAAAGACAGGCAUGUUAGCUUCCUUUCUAGACAGGACUUAAGACUUCCAAGCCACGUUAACCUGACACGCUGUGAUAAUACUGUUCAAAGAGCCGUAACGACCCAACUCACUCACUUCUAAAAAAUGG